GUUGAACAACGCGCCCAAGAACUUGUCACACGCGCUUGAGGAUUCCCAACUCACGCGAGCGAAGCCACAUAAAAACGCAUUUUCGUCGGUGAUUGCGUCGGAUCGAGAUUUUGUAUUUUCUGUACAGAACAAAUUUGGUGUUUUAUGUGUUUGUUUGACUUUUCAGUGAAGAUGAACUUGUUGGUAUUUUUGUCCAGUUGCGUGCUUUUGGUGUAUAGACAAUCUGCAACAGCCCACUUACUCGGAGAUGAGUGCAACAGCGACUGGGAAUGUAAAGAGGACAUCUCCGGGUCUAUAUGUCACAGGGGUCGCUGCUUGUGUCAACCGUUUUACGCAAGAGUCAAUCAAACAACGUGUUUGCAAUCGACUCUUCUUGGAUACGACUGCGUCGUGCCCGAGCAGUGCUCGCUCAAAGUAGCCAACAGUAGUUGUCUGGACGGAGCUUGUCGCUGUGUGGAUGGCUUCCUGCAGUUCCGGAAACACACUUGUCUGGGACCCGCGAGGCCGGGCAACGUUUGCUACAGCAACGCCCACUGCAGGCUAUGGACGGCGGACAGCCACUGCGACUUCCUGAUCCCAAACCUAUUUGGUCGGUGUCAGUGUAACUCACCCUUCAGACAGGUGGGUGAUUCCUGCGUCCGUUCGGCCUUCCAAACCAAAGCCACCACCACUACUACCACCACAGUCACCUCCUCAUCUCCACCACCAACCAAGGCUACGUCUGAUGAUGGUCCCGAAAUCGAGUCCAAUGUGAUCGUGGACAAUGUAACUCCCUAUACGCCGAUUCUGGUGAAGUCGACCUCUAAGGGGGUUAGAACGACGAUGAAAAUGAGACCUUCUAACCCAACUACCACCACCACUACUGAGUUGCCAAUGGUCCAAGAUGUGACAGCUACGCCUCUAGACGUCACUACAAGGAUUGCUGUAUCUAGCAGAACGACAGUGAUGGAGCCUUCUUCAACAGCAUCUCUUGACAUUAUCAUCCCCACUUCCACUUCAACUGUACCUCCCACUACGACAGGCAUCAGAACUCGCGUGGACCACGGUGAUGGUGCCGUGAGUUUGGGACUCCCCUGCGUGACCGAUUUACAGUGCAGAAUAGCAGAUCCUUCCUCUAAAUGCGUUGAGGGUGUUUGUGAUUGCAUGAUCAAGACCAAUGACACCCAAGCUUGUUCGGCCAGAAAUCGUGGAUGUAUUCCUGGAACUUUCCAGUGUCGCAGUACAGGAACCUGCAUCAGUUGGUUCUUCGUCUGUGACGGCAGAAAGGAUUGUAGCGAUGGAUCAGAUGAAGAUUGCUCGCCAGCGAAGUGUCCGGCAGAAUCUUUCAGCUGUAAAUCUUCCGGAAGAUGCAUCUCCAGAGCAAGCCGCUGCGACGGAUCUAAAGACUGUCCCUUCGGCGAGGACGAAGCGGAUUGCCAGGCUCUAGGAAAAAGAGGGUGUCCACCGGAUACAUUCCAGUGCGGCGACGGCAAAUGCCUUCCCGAGUACGAAUUCUGCAACGCCAUCAUCGGGUGCAGUGACGGAAGCGACGAGCCGGCCCACGUGUGCAAAGGAAGGGCGAGGAGGAGGAGGACGGAGUACUGUCCACUCAGAUGCGGAAACGGAAGGUGCAGAUCCAGCGCCAUAGCUUGUUCCGGUAGAGAUGGGUGCGGGGAUGGCACGGAUGAGAGUCGUUGUUCAGUUUGCAGGUGUCCUGUAGCGAACAGCCGAGGCUUAUAGUUACUUUUUAAUUUUUUUUUAUAAAAUGUACAAUGCCAAAAACUUUGUAAAUUGUUUUUAUUAUAAAAGAAAACAUACAUUUCGUAUUAUAUAGUUUAGUACUUAUUUCAUAGAUAUUACAUUAGUUAGAUGUUUGUAAUGCUCAAAGAACGUUUAAUUGUAUUUUAUAGAUAGAUU